AUGGCAUGUGGCAAGUCUGUCAAAGAGCAGGACCGACUGCUCGUGUUGACGGAGGUGCAAGAGUUCGAAAAAGGGCUCUGGCACUACAGCGUCAUCUGCCAGGAAGACGUGGAGACUCGAAUGUCGCCCACGUACUCUGACGAUGCUCGGACAGGUGUAGUUCUGAUGUCAGGUGACUGCAUCGCGGUCGACGAGCGAUGCACUGUCGCCGGCGCUCGGUUCUUGAAGCUGGCGGACGGCCGGGGUUGGGUUUUCGAGACGAAAGACCGUCUUCUCGUCAUGAGCGAGGUGCGGGCAAAGGAGAAGGAAGCACGCGACUUUGCGAGGGGCCUUUGGCAUUACACCGUCGUUUGUGACGACGACGUGGAGAUACGUGCAGCUCCGACCUACUCGGACGAGGCUCGGACCGGUCUUACCGUUCAUCCUGGAGACUGCGUCGCGGUGGACGAGCGCUGCCGCGUCAACGCGACGUGGUUCCUCCGCCUCUCCGACGGUCGCGGCUGGCUCUUCGAGACCAAGGAUUCCCGACGCAUCAUGAUUCAACUACGCUGA